UAUACACACCCACCCAUAACAUGACCUCUCUCUGGAUUGGAACCUCGCGCUCAGCGCUCUUCCUACGAAAUGGCUCGCUCGUCUGUACGCGACACGCACGGCGAGGUAUGGCAGUCAAAGUCCCUUCCAAGCCUCCUCCAACAUCCUCUUGUCCUCCCGGUACCGUGUUAACGGGAAUCCAAUACCUUAAAGACGCCCCUCCGGUAAUCGCUAUGCCCGACACCGACUACCCGGCAUGGCUCUGGACCCUCUUAGACGAACCUGCCAAAGCCGGAGCGAAAGGGAAGGGCAAGGGAAGAGUAGCCCCACAUAAGACGGAGGAUGGCGCAGAGGAACUGGACGAGAAGGAGAGAGAGAGACGGAGGAUUCUGAAAGAUGAGGAGGAGCUGACGGCGCAGAGAAAAAAGAUGAGGAAAGAGAGUAGAGAGAGGAUCAGACAGCAGAAUUUUAUGAAGACGACUUAGGUGUUCCCUGGGAUGUGGAAGAGAUGAGGGCGGUGUGUCUCUGGGGAGUGGAUAAUGAGGUUGUCCGUUCCUCGGCGUUGAUUGUAAUAAUGAUCUCUU